AGUUCUGGGCGUUCGAGACAGCGGAGAUUUCAUGCACUACGGUUUCCUUUGGCAGCAAAGGGCCGGUACUCUGUGUGGCGAUAGCAAGGCCGGCUUGAAGCGCUUCCUGCUCCCGGCCUAGCCUUCAUUUUUCAUUUAUCCGAUCGCCUGGUACAUGGUCAAAUGCUGGCGGCUGUAUGUGUGAAGCACAACCCAUCGACCGUAGCCCACCACCACACAGUGCUGGGCAGGGGACACAUGUUCGUCUCGGCACGCUGGCGCUAACGCAAUCAGUUUGCCGCGCAAGAGUUCGCACAACCUAUAAUACGCAUUGACUCGAGUCAGCAGUUACAUAGCUUCAAACACUGUGCGCUGCAUAAUCUCCUCUACAAAAUUGUAAAAGCGAGAUAUCCAGGCAGGACCAGCCAUGCCGACUAGCGAAGAAGGUCCAGGCGGCGAGACGUCCGACAGCGCCCCAACUGCUGUACCUGCACCGGCGUCUAGCGAUGCGACACCAGCGGAGCACAGCCGCUCCGGCGGUAGCAGCGAUGAGCAGGAGCUUUGCCGAGCCGAAGCACGAAGCUCUGCGGCUACCCAGCGACGGGCGAGCGAAGAUCAAACCAAUGACUUGAAUGAGCAAGAAGAUACGAACGCAGACCAUGAGGCAGGUGAUGCUGCCAUUCAGCUGCCCAUUGGUCAUAACCAUGGUCACGAGAGCCAUGGUGUUGCCGAGGAUCACGAAGACGAGGGUGGCAGCGCGGGCGACGCCGACCAAUCACCGGCCAGCGACACACGCUCCGGGAACCGAGUGCGAGUCAUCGCGUUUGCCGAGAACUGCGAGGAUGAUCUCGAUGACUUCAUUGAUGACGAUGACGAGGUCGAUGGACGAGGAUUUGUUCCCAUUGAGCCCGCUCCUUCACGGCAGGCGCGCACGCCAUUCCGCUGUCAAAUCAACUCUCCGCAAUUUGACGAGUUCAUCCUGCCGUCGUCUGUGCGGUUUUCCAACAGCUUCCCGGCGCGCUAUCGGCCAAUCACGUCGCGCGGCUACCACAGUGCUGGACUGCGGGCGCGCAGUCAGCUGUUGACGGCUGGCCACAGCGGCAGCAGGCAUACGCCGGCUGGUAAUGCUCCGAGCAUACCCUCCCACACGCACGGACACAUUCUCUACGAUCUAUCAGCCGUGUUGCCAAGCCGCUCGCCCGUAAUGGCGCUGCACGACUGCAUCGAGUCGCGACCGCCGAUGGCGCGGGAUCUGGACGGCCCGGGUCCGUGGUCCUAUUCGCCGCCGCGCACCGGACCGCCGCACCGGAGACAGGCGCCGGCCUUCACAAUCGGAACGCGGCCGAAAGAAACGAGCGGUGGAGGCAGGACAGCACACGGCAAACCGUGGAUGAAGAGCAACGACACUUGGACCAGCCCGGUGACGUUUGAGAGAAAGUGGCCAGCACCGAACACCUAUCGGCCGCCGACCGGAUUUCCCAAUCGCCGGAAGCGUCCCAGCGAGGCCGGUCAGCAGGCGACACGACACGGCCCGGCACAGGUGGCGGCAAUAGCAGCUCGGCAUGGACAGGGACAGGACCAGGUUGACGGAGCGACACGUCAGGAAAUAGGACUGAAUGCAGAGCCGCGAUUCGUCAAGUCUCGCUUCUCCGUGCCCUCGCCCACGGCCUACACGCCGUGGUACGGCUCCACGCAGGCGCGGGCGCCGGUGGCCAGUAUCUUUGGUCGCCAGCGUACCGGACCGCUGCACUGGACCAAGUAUGGAAGCGCACCGGCGCCUAACAACUACGCGCCGCAAGUUCACCGUGUAUACCCCAGCGCUCCCAGCUUUACCAUCGGGCAGAGCCGACUGGAGCGCGGUGGCCGGGUGCCCACGCUCUGAGCUCUGAGCCUAACAGUAUCCUAUUCCCGUAGCUCAACCUCUACUCUGCCAAACUGAUGAGCAUCCGAAAUUCCAAGCAGGCAUUCGGACUCGGCCUUGGGCUGUAUGCCAGGCACUCUAAGCCCUCACUCGUCGCUGACUGAUGCCACAUGAGCAUUGUGAAGUGUUUCCUCCAACUCCAAGGGUAUAUUUUAUGUAAGACUGAUGCCAUUUAGCAAACUAACUUCACUUCUCAACUCCAAACUGAUCUCUUCACUGCGCUUCAAAUUAAAAUUAAGAUGAACAUUACACCAAAUUUUCGGGCCUUGCCCAUCAUCAGAAUAUUGAACUGGUGUCAUUGAUGAGGACUACGUGUCUAUACUCGGUUCUUAAGUUGCUGAACUGAUCACCAGAUCAUUGGACCGAAAGUAGAUUGAAGAAGUUCCUUUAGAGAACACCAUCAAGUUAACCGACAGUUUGUUAGGUCUGCUUGUUGCUACCUGGUCUGGCCGAUGGACCGUACACGAACAUCCGGCAGAAGAAGCUGAGACCCAGUGUGACAGCAAGGAGACCGUGUGAUUGUACGUAUGGAUGUUGAGGGAGAGACUCAAGCGGCGCCCCGCCGCGAUGUGAUGAUGGCGGCAUUGGACUUUGCGAAUUCUUAGAAAACCCCGAAACAUAUCUCCACACUGCACAGAGCUGAGUCCUCCGGCUCGAUAGAGUGCUCAAUGCGGAAGCAGAGCAGUAACACACGAGUCACAGAAAACCACGCGUUUUGAUUGUCGUAACUUAAAGUUUCAUGCCAUUAUAGCAAUCUUCGCACAACUGAUUACAGUGAUGCACAGCUAGUAUGGUAUAGACUACAGUAUAGUUUGCCUACUUCCUGGACUACUACUUGAUCCAAUGACGAGUGCAGAUCAUCCAAUGAUACUUCGAAAGUAAUUACAUGACACGUAAAAGUAAUAAUACUAUGACUUCUGAAGUUGCAGCCCAUAAUUUCCGGCUUCUGAUGUACUAGUAAUCGCCAAUGAUUUUGAUUUUUGCUGAUCACACAUAUUCACUCUACCUGAGCACGUUAUUUCAAAGUUCAGGAUGUAGAUUGCGGCAAGGAUUGCGCUGUAGCAGAACUGAGCCAUGUUAGUGUGCACCCGUAGUAUGCACUCACAGCUUCCACUGGUUCAAGUUUUGUGCGCAUGCAUGUACUUCUAGUAGUGCACAUGAUUAUUGCGUUCAAGCCGCUUGCUUGAUCUGUUCUUUGCAUUCCUUCUUGGCCUUGAUCUCACGAGUCACGAUACACAGCUGGAUGUGGCUGUUCUGCUUCCUGUGUGGGCAAAACGCCUCAGGGUCGAAAUAAACCCUGAAUCACUGA